GAACGCCGCCGGGACAUGCUCGCAGCCUGACUGACCGCAGGUGGCCGCCGCGCCCGGGACACGAAUGAAGAAGCAGCUGCUCCUCCUGUUCACACAUCGGGGACUCGUCAGCCGAGGGGGCCGCAGGGGGAAGCGUCGCCGAAAAUGGCCUCGUUCAGCAUCCGCGCCGCGCGUCCCGAGGACUGUCCCGACCUGCUGCGACUGAUCAAGGAGCUGGCGAAAUACGAGGAUAUGGAGGACCAAGUGGUGCUAACUGAGAAAGGUACGGAGUCUACAAGAGCUCACCCGGCUGGCGGCCGAGUGACAGCGCCUGUGGCUCAGGUGCGUGUGUAUUCUGCUUUUCUAGAGCUACUUGAGGAUGGUUUUGGCGAGCACCCUUUCUACCACUGUCUGGUAGCAGAAGUACCGAAAGAUCAGUGGUCGUCUAAAGAAACAUGCGUCGUGGGCUUUGCCAUGUAUUACUUCACUUACGAUCCAUGGAUUGGAAAACUGCUGUACCUUGAAGAUUUUUAUGUGAUGGCUGAGUACAGAGGACUUGGUAUUGGGUCGGAAAUUCUGAAGAACUUGAGUCAGGUGGCUGUGAAGUGCCGCUGCAGCAGCAUGCACUUCCUGGUUGCGGAGUGGAAUGAACCCUCCAUCAGGUUCUACAAGAGAAGAGGCGCCUCGGAUCUGUCCACUGAGGAGGGCUGGAGGCUCUUCAAGAUCGACAAAGAAUAUCUCUUGAAGAUGGCAGCAGAAGAGUGAGAGAUUAUUCCAGCAAAUAAAUUCUUCCUGCGAAUAUAUGUGCUCUUUGAAUAAACUACUUCUUGCUUUCUGUGUAUGUACAGUUUGUAGUGGAAUAAAGUAGUGUGGAUGCUAAUAAUGGCA